AUGCGGGCACUCGCAGUUUUGAUCUUGCUGCCGGCCUUGGUCUCCAGUCAUUGUCAGGCGUCGCUGAGCUUCCUUCGCGUUCCGGCUUCGGAAAUAGUUAGCUUCCCGACCGAGUUCUCAAAGAUCAACACCAGCAGCCUGGCCAGCCUCAACGCCGCCAUCCUCGGCAGAUCCAGUCGGCCGGUCGGCGACAUCCAAAUCCAACGCGAUCUGUUCACUCGCCCCCGUGCAUUUGUUCUCUUCAUCAUCGGCGGAUCCGAGCCGACCCUUCUGGCCAACUUCCGUGUGACAUCGCCCAUCGAAGGCGACGUCAGCGAGAUCUUCGACGGUCAGGAACCUUGCGGCGUCGUCUGGAAGGCCGUGGAGACCAACGACGGGAAGCUGGACAGGGCGUGCAAAAGAGCGACAGGCAUUCGUGAAGAAUUGGAGCAAAUCAACAAGUUCAGUCAGAAGAUGAAGGUCGAGAAGAACUUCACCUACUUCGUCGUCAACAUCAAUCAAGAAGGAAGAGACUUGGAUAUCCUCGACGAAGACACCGUCAGAAGUACCAUCGAAACCUUCACCGCCGCCGUCGAAAACGUCUUCGGCCCCGAAAUCCUCGUCGAGGCCAUUACCCUCUGCUCCAAGCCGAUCGAGAAGAUGUCCAGGACCAAGGUUCCCGUUCCCAACGUCUCCAAGGCCCGCCAACGUCUUCAAGUCUACACAUUCUCGUCCUCUGACUAUCCGGCCAUGUUCGUCAUCUGCACCACCGUCGUCCUUCUCCUUUCCUUCUCUGCUCUUUACGCCGUCGUCGCUGUCUUUUCCUAUGAUCCCUCGAAGACGUCCAUUGUCUACCGCCUUCAGAAUAUUCGCCCCAAGAGGCUUUGA